AAAAUCCCAAUACAUGUAAACAAAUUGGUUUACAUAAAAGUUAUAGUGUCUACAAAGCGGUAUAUAUAUACUGGAAUUUUUUUUUUUUAUACUAGUAAUGGCAGCGAUCAGCAACUUAUAGCGGGACUACGGGACUGCGGUGAGCAUUCUGACACUGGGGGGAAACUGACUAACUGCCACUGACAUCCCAAUGACACUAAUACAGUGAUCAGUGCUAAUAAAAAACACUGACACUGUACUAAUAGCACUGGGCAGAAAGGGGUUAACAUCUGGGGC